AUGACCGCAUUGUGCCAUUGUACCGAUUGCCAGAAAUGGGCCGGCAGCGCAUUCUCGACCAACGUGGCGGUUCCCACAUCGAACUUCUCCCUCACCAAGGGCACGCCGAAAGCGUGGCAGCGCCUCGCUGUGGUUUCUGGGAAACCUAAUUAUCAUUUUUUCUGUGGAGACUGUGGAAGCAAUCUGUAUGCACAGCCCCAGGGAAUGGCGGGUCUGACCUUGAUCAAGGCGGGAAGUCUCGAGCAGACCAAUAUCUCCAUCGUCGCGGAGCUUUUUGUGACCCGGCGUCGAGACUAUAUUUCCCCUGUCCCUGGCGCCCAGCAGUUGGAUCAGAUGCCUUGA